GCUUUCUGGAUUACUUACCCCAUGGCGCGGACUUCAGGAACAACUCCUGUUAAAUUGAAGGCUAUAUCGGCGGCUGGUUGAGUGGGAAAUAAUGUUUUAAAGCGCAAAGUCCACAGUUGAUUAGCGGUCCAAAGAGUUCAUUCCCCGUUCACCGGCUUCGAAUAAGUCCUCUUGCCGCUGAGAGACAAGUGAAAUACGAGAGCACUUCUUCGUAAACUCGAUUCACCGGGUUAUGAAGCUCAGUCUCACAGAACCCCGCUUGUAUCGGGAAGUUUUUUUCCUUUUGCUUGUUUAAAUUCCCUCUUUAGAAACGCAGCAGUGUGAAUCCCUCUGCGAACAAGCUCCCCACGCUGUCUUUAAACAAUCGGCGCCGAUGAAUUAAGUUAAUGUUUGCGUUUCACUGCUUGCUGGCUGAGCAGAGUUUCUUCCUCCCCAGCGGGAUUGUGUUUCAGUGAAGGGCAGCAGCAGCGACACGGAGCGGCUUCCACCUGCUCACGCUUCUGCCAGUGCCACCCACCCACACUUUUCCCAACCUGUGGUGUGUGUCCAAUGAUGUUUGCGGAUUCAGACGGAGUUUUAGCCCCGAACUAUAAACAUAUUUUAAAAGAAAAUGUAUGUCGAAAAUAUACUGCGUUAAAAAUGAGUUAACUAAAAGUGUCGUCUACUUACAUUUUAGUUUGACAGUUUUCAGCAGAUGGCACUUUCUCAUUAAUCAGGCAAAAUAACGGUAAUAACAGAUUUGUUUUUAUCCACGCCACAAAGUAGCUUCUCCAGCUUUAAAUAUCUCUUGCGUUUAAAGUCAACAUUUACUAUGAAAUUGCGUACUUUUUAACAUUUAAUAUUAACUUCUGAUCUGUUUCAAACUGGCAGCAAACAACCGUCAAUCACUUUCAGCUGCGUGCGCUCCCGGAACCUUUUAAACUUGUUAAUUUGUUCCGGGGGGAUCAUAUGGGAGACGUACAAACGCCGCACUUCUUCCGAUAAGUCGUUUCAUGAGUGCGAAACGAGAUUAUGACGGACGUCGUUGAAAGGUGUGUAAUUUAAUCAAACAUUUUAAAGCCUAUAGCUGUGGUUAUAACUGUGUUAAAUGUGUGUUUUUAUUCCGCUUGAAUCGAACUAGUACUCCAGGCAUUAGUCGUGUACAUUUUGAUUGUUUAGCCUCUGUUGUUUGUUUACGGAUGUGUGACAGAUGCCAUGCAAAUAUCCGGUUCUUUAAGGUCUUUUCUUCUGUUAUUGCAGUACGACCGAGACCACGGGGAACCAGCAGAAGUACGAGGAGAUGUUUGCCCACAGAUACUCUUCAGAGGACCGGGAGUACCAGCAGUAUGCUAGCCGGCCCCCUGACCCCCCACCCAUCGUGGAGGACUGGAGGAGUCGUGGAGGAGGCAACAGAGGCAGGGAUAACAGGUAGCUGUCAUGAUCCUGCAAUCUGUGAAUGGUUCUAAACUGACAAAGACUUUGAGAGGACUUCAACAGAAAGACAUUGACUAAAAUAUCAAAGGGACAGACAUGACAUAGAAACUGUUUACUAAAUGAUUUACGACACACACUAUGUAAUAAUCAUAGAGACUAAUACGGUGGCCGAGAAAUGCCACCGCUGCAAAUACAAAAAAGAAUGCAAAAAAAUAAAAAGAAGUCACAACCAUAGACUGUAUAUACCAUGGGCAACUUGGUUCCACCUCCGGAUUUAAAGCCAGGAAGCUCUCCGUAUUUCUGCGAGUUUUCUUCAUUUCUUGAAACUGACAUUGCGCAGUAGCAUUGUACGCAUUCGGCGGGAGAGUCACCGAGAGUCACUGUCAUGAUGCUAGGCUCAAACAAUAUCGGGGUUUCCCCUGCAUGCGAUUGAUCGUGGCGCACCGCCACGGCUAAAUAAAAGCCGCCACACAUUAAAAAAAUAGUUUUUAUCUCACAUAGUUCUACCUCGGACUCAUAUGUAUUAGCAGUAUUUCCCCUACAUUCAUCCAGCAGCGACUGCUAAAUAACAUGCGCCGCUACUGAAAUUUCACAUGAUCAUUAAUAUCAAUGCACCACUGACGAUUCUACGCGCACUGUGUGACACACAAACAACACACAACAUUAUUUCCGACUUGUUGUGAGUCAUCAAGGAGCACAUCAAAUCCUGUCGGACCCUCUUCUAUCAACGUUAAAGGUAAUGUUGAAGCUUUUACACGGUCAAUAAGUAGCAUUAAUAGCAUCAGUAGCAUUGAUAUCAAUGCAGCACUAAUAAUUUCUACUUGCCCUGUUUAAGCACAACAACACACAACGUUAUUGUCGACUUGUUAUGAGUCAUCAACGAGCGCAUCAAAUCCUUCGGUUUCUUUUCUUUCUUUUUCUUUAUUUCUUUAUUUAUUUUUUUGGAUUGGUAACUUCUGUUGAGGCUUCUAAAAAAGAUGCCAUUCUUUCUUAUUCGCAGUAGUGGCAAUUCUCGGCCACCGUAGACUAAAACACUGAUUGCACAAACUGUAAAAAUCAACACGACCCUGAAAGUUUCUCAUAACUUUGUCCAUAACUCUGAUGUCAUAACAACCAAGUUUAGAGAAACUAGUUUCUCUAAUUUCUUAAAUUUCUCUCUUUGUCAGUCCUUUUUUUUUUUUUUUUUUUUUACAUGUUUCUUGAUGUGCAUGUAUUGGUGUUUUGUGCAUUGUUUCUAAAGACUUAAAAUUUUGUAUCAUUCUCUAUCAAGGUACCAAGAUCGUCGCGGAGGUCACUGGGGAGGAGGAGGCCGAGGUUGGGGAGGAGACCGGGGUUGGAGAGGGGAUCGUCACGGGCAGCAAAACUGGCACGACAGUGACAGAGACAGAGAUCGAGACCGUGACCGUGACCGAGAUGGUGACAGAGGUAGAGAUCGAGACAGGCAGUGGGGGCAUGGAAGCGGGCAUCAAUCGGGCCAUUCAAGCUCCAGCCAGGGCUACAGCUCCUACCAACAAAGACCACACCAUGACCGCUAUUAAUCCGUUCUCUAAACUCUCAGGUGUUGCCAGAAUUUUUUUCAUUAAAUGACUCGGAGCUUGCAAUGCAGUUACAUUUUGCAAUGUGAAAGGUGAUGUAAAUUUACUGUAUGAGUCCUAGUGGCACAGCUCUGUAAGCUGGAGCUGAGUAUUGUAUGAAUAUGAAUGUUUUACUGUCAUAGCAUUGUAUUUAUACUACUUCACAGCAAUUCUACCCACAAAAUAACAGAUUUUUCAGGAUUUUUCUGUGAUGUGCUGGCUGGAAAGUUUUUACCUCAACUGACUUUUUCCAUAAAAAUACAUAAAACUGGUACUUUCUUAUAUUGCUCAGUCCUUUAUUUGAUCUCAUAUAAUGAGAAAUGUACUCUCAGUGUAUUCUAUUUUCAAUAUUUCAGCUUUCUUGACUGUUUUAAACAAAAUUACAACUGGAAGAUAUGGCUGAGAGGUUGUUCUGCAUUCAGUUGAUUUUGCUGUUGUAUCGUCGAACAGGUUUUGAUACUAGAUUGUGAAUGAUUAUAUUGGACAGUGUUGAUACAGCAGUGUGUCUGAGUUUCAAGAAACAUUUUCUUUUGUAAUGCAGUUUUAUUUUUCUGUAUCACUUUAUAUGCAGACACAUAUGAACAAAGAUGUUACCAAUAAACAUCUAUUUUCUUAA